CCACAAUCCUUUGUGGCCAGGAAGAAGGUGAAAAGCGCAACUUCCUGUAAAGAUGGCCGCUCCCAUGUUGACCACGUGGCUGGGGAAGGGUGACGGCAUCAUCAUAUCCACUUUGUGGCUCCCCGGCCGCCCUUUAAGGAGCGUUUCUAUCAUGUGCGACGCUUCGCCGGCGACGAAAAGCAAAGGGCUGAAAUUUGCGGAGAAGCAACUGAAGAGACACGGAUGGAAAAAAGGCAAAGGACUCGGGAAGCUAGAAAAUGGGAUCUCUGAAGCCAUAAAGGUCAAAGUGAAGUGCGACUCGGCUGGGGUGGGCCACAAUGCAGCUGAGCAGUUUACUUUCCACUGGUGGGACCACCUCUUCAAUUCAUCUGCUGCUAACAUUGCUGUGGAGACUGGGCAGGACAGUGUCAGAGUGAAAAAGGUCUCUGAGGAAGAUAGCGCAAUAACCAAUAAGAAGCCACGUAGAGCUCAAGGCAACAAGAACUUGCUCUAUGGCCGCUUUGUGAAGGCAGCCACAUUGACACCUGGUGGGGAAGAGCCCAUGACCAUAGCUGCAUCUUCCGACAGCGACGAAGAGGACGAAGACGAGAAAUUGGACCUUUCCACUGCUAGGAGGCUGACUGAUGAAGAGCUGGUCCAGGCUUGUGGGGGAAGAACAGCACAUAAAGGGGCUCGGCAUGGCUUAAACAUGGCCGCAAAGCUGGCACGGCUGGAAGAGCAGGAGAAAGCUUUCUUGGCUCACUGCGCGCAGCAAAAAGGAGGAGUGCAGGAGGCAACAGCGGCCGCCUCGAAUGACAGCAGCCUGCAGCAAAAGCAGAAGAAAGCCAAGAAACGCAAGGAACGCCAAGGGGAGGCUGUUGCUUACCAGAGCCCGGAAACAAGAGGUGAGAAACCCAAAAAGAAGAAAAAACAGCAGCAAGAGGAAAGUGGAGAGAGCAAGUCAGCGCGACUGCCAGUGCUGGCAAUCACAGACCCAAAAGGGAAAUGGGCAGAAAUUGCCAGUCGUGGCCGGAAGUCAAGGGAAACAAAUAGGAAAGCAGAAUGAAGGGGGGCCGGAGGUGUUGUGGUUUUAUGCUGACUGAAAUUCUUGGCGCUCCUACUAGAAUGCCCGCAAGUAAAAUAUGGGGGGAAUAGCCCAAGAGGGAGCUUCAGUGUAGCUUUUGUGGCUAAUGGCAAGACUGGGACACCUUCCUCCUCCCAAACAGCCCUUGGGGAGAAAUCCAGCCGUUCUGUUCUCAAGUUUCUUGCGUGUCACAGUGGCAGCAUUCUGGCAUGGAGCUGACUAGCCUGAGGUGGUGGGCUGGCUUGGGCCCUGCAUGGUGGGCUGGCUUGUUCUCUCUAAAUGAUGUCGACAAGUACAAGAGCUGUGGGUACAUCUAGUUUGCAUUUAAAAGCAAACUAAAUAUUUUUAAAAUGUUUUUAUUGAAGGAAAAUGAAAGUUUGUUUACGGUCUCUUCCAUCUGCAAAGGAAAAGAAUGCGAUUCUGCUAAGACAAGAAUGAGGAACCUGUGGGCCUCCAGAUGUUGCUGAACUGUAAUUCCCAUUGGCCACAGCAAGUAUGACCAAUGGCUGAGGAGGAUGGAAGUUGUAGUUCAGCAACAUCUGCAGGGCCAAAGUUUCCCUGUGCCAAAAGAAAAGUUUCUCUGUAAUACUCGGUAAUGUGAUGAACAAUACCGCCCCCUUCCCAAGAUCUAAAGCUGCCACUUAUUUGAAUGUUCGUUGUCUGCAGAGGGAAAGGUGGCUGAAUGCUUUCUUCCAGUAUAUUGUCAAAUGCCAUGUGACCACUUAAGGCUUAAUUUGCAACUCCAACUAAUAAACUAUCACCCAACCCAGCCUAA